CUAUUUUUCGGUUUUUGUUCGACUUAACUAAAAUAUUAUAUUUUGUUAAGAUCAGUCAUUGAGUUGUGCUUUCAACAAUGAGACGUAUCUUAGCAGGAAUUUUGCUUCUGGUUGGGUCGACAUGGGCCGUUGGAGACCCUACUUAUAGUCAAGGAUAUCCAUCUGGAGGACGAAGUCGAGAAGCUUCUGGCUGUAAUCAAGGAAAUCACCAACAAGUUGGACUGGUCAGUGGAAGUAAUACCGGAGGACCAUUCAAAACCAAAAAUUAUCAAGGUUACCAACAAGGUGGACUAAUAAGCGGAAGUAAUACUGGAGGCCCGUUCCGUGGAUCAAGUAUUGAAGGCUCAGUCGUAAAUGAAGUUUAUGGAGGAUUUAUAUCUGGGGGUCAAAGUGGAGGACCUUUUGGUUGGAACCAAGGAAAUUACCAACAAGGUGGACUCAUCAGCGGAAGCAAUACUGGAGGACCAUUCAACAAAAAAAAUUAUGAAGGUUACCAACAAGGUGGACUAAUAAGCGGAAGUAAUAAUGGAGGUCCGUUCCGUGGAUCAAGUAUUGAAGGUCCUGUCGUAACUGGAGCUACCGAAGGACUUAUAUCUGGAGGACAAAGUGGAGGACCUUUUGGUUGCAACCAAGGAAAUUACCAACAAGGUGGAUUAAUCAGCGGAAGUAAUACUGGAGGACCAUUCAACAACCAACAUUAUCAAAAAGAAGAGUACUGAAUAUUAAAAGUAGUUGGACAGUUUGGUACAUCUAGUUCAUGAUGGAUUAGUCCACUGGAUUAAAUGCUAAAUACUAAUGCUUAAGGGGGUGGGUUAUGUGGAGGUCAAAGUGGUAACCCAUUAAACCCAGUAGGGUCCGAACAGUACUAAUAUCUAAUAGAGACACAAUUAGAUUUAAUAAAUAAAUUCAAAAGAUAAUUUACUUAGGCUCACCUAGAAAUUCUAGGCUAAAACACAUACAUAUCUGAAAAGCUUACUUUUCACAUUAGGAGGUCUCUAUUAAAGUGCACAAAAAAAAGCUUAACAUA